AUGUAUGGAACAUCUACCGGCCCUCAAACGGGCAUUAAUACUCCUCGCUCAUCACAGUCAUUGAGGCCUUUGAUUCUGGCCCAUGGCUCGCUUGAAUUCUCUUUCCUCGUCCCGACAUCGUUCCAUUUCCACGCAUCGCAGUUGAAGGACGCUUUCACAGCAUCAUUACCACAGCCAACAGACGAGCUUGCCCAAGAUGACGAGCCUUCAUCGGUCGCUGAAUUGGUGGCGAGGUACAUUGACCAUGUCGCGCGGGAGGUGGAGGAGGGCGAAGAUGAUGCCCAGGGCACCUAUUUGGAGGUUUUGAAAUUGGCUUUGAAUGAAUUCGAACGGGCUUUCAUGCGCGGCAAUGACGUGCAUGCUGUUGCUGCUAGCCUUCCCGGUAUCACCUCGAAGAAGGUGCUCGUUGUCAAGGCCUACUAUGCCGGUAGAGCUGCCGCUGGGCGGCCUACCAAGCCCUACGAUUCGGCCCUCUUGCGAGCCGCGUCGGAUGAGAAGGCCAACAUUUAUUCGGUGUUUGGAGGGCAAGGUAACAUUGAAGAAUACUUCGAUGAGUUGAGAGAAGUUUAUACCACCUACCCAUCGUUCGUGGAUGAUCUGAUCACAUCUUCUGCUGAGUUGCUUCAGUCCCUUUCCCGCGAGCCCGAGGCCAACAAGCUCUACCCCAAAGGCUUGGACAUCAUUCAGUGGCUUCAAGAUCCGGAUUCUCAGCCUGACACCGAUUAUCUCGUGUCCGCUCCCGUCAGUCUACCGUUGAUUGGUUUAGUUCAAUUAGCACAUUUCGUUGUUACUUGCAAGGUCUUGGGCAAAGCACCUGGUGAGGUACUCGAGAGAUUUAGCGGAACCACCGGUCACUCUCAGGGAGUAGUCACUGCCGCGGCAAUUGCCUCCGCCACUACCUGGGAAAGCUUUCAGCAGGCCUCUAAGAACGCGUUGACUAUGCUCUUCUGGAUUGGCCUUCGCAGCCAGCAAGCUUAUCCGCGUACAUCUAUCGCCCCUUCGGUUUUGCAAGAUUCGAUCGAAAAUGGGGAGGGUGUACCGACUCCGAUGUUGUCUAUCCGAGAUCUUCCAAGGGCAGCCGUUCAAGAACACAUUGAUAUGACCAACCAGCAUCUUCCCGACGACCGCCACAUUUCCAUCUCUUUGAUUAACAGCGCUCGUAAUUUCGUUGUCACUGGGCCUCCGCUGUCUCUUUAUGGUCUCAACCUGCGUCUGCGCAAGGUCAAAGCGCCCACAGGUCUGGAUCAGAAUCGGGUUCCUUACACCCAACGCAAGAUCCGCUUCGUCAACCGCUUCCUACCCAUCACCGCUCCUUUUCAUAGCCAGUACUUGUACCCGGCCUAUGACCGAAUUUUGGAAGAUCUUGAGGACUUGGAAAUCUCCCCCGAGUCGCUCGCUAUUCCCGUGUACGGCACUAAAACCGGCGAUGAUUUGUGCAAGACCGGUGAGACAAAUAUUGUGCCCGCAUUGGUUCGCAUGAUUACGCACGAUGCCGUCAACUGGGAACAAGCCACAGUCUUCCCUGGUGCCACACACAUCGUUGACUUCGGUCCUGGCGGCAUCUCAGGCUUGGGUGUCCUCACCAAUCGCAACAAGGAUGGAACUGGUGUCCGUGUCGUUCUCGCAGGAGCUAUGGAUGGUACCAACGCCGAAGUGGGGUAUAAGCCUGAGCUGUUCGAUCGUGAUGAGCACUCCGUCAAGUAUGCCAUUGAUUGGGUUAAGGAGUACGGGCCACGUCUCGUGAAGAACGCGACGGGACAGACCUUCGUUGAUACUAAGAUGAGCCGACUGCUUGGGAUUCCACCUAUCAUGGUUGCCGGAAUGACCCCUACCACUGUUGCCUGGGACUUUGUCGCUGCCACGAUGAACGCGGGCUACCACAUUGAACUUGGAGGCGGCGGUUACUACAAUGCCAAGACGAUGACGGAGGCUGUCACGAAGAUUGAAAAAGCCAUUCCUCCGGGUCGCGGGAUUACGAUCAACUUGAUCUACGUCAAUCCUCGCGCCAUGGCGUGGCAAAUCCCCUUGAUCGGCAGGCUGCGAGCUGAGGGCGUGCCAAUUGAAGGUUUGACAAUCGGCGCAGGUGUUCCGUCCAUAGAGGUAGCAAACGAAUACAUCGAGACUCUGGGAAUCAAGCACAUUGCAUUCAAGCCCGGCUCCGUCGAUGCUAUCCAACAAGUGAUCAACAUUGCCAAGGCUAACCCAAAGUUUCCUAUCAUUCUCCAAUGGACGGGCGGACGUGGUGGCGGACACCAUUCUUUCGAGGACUUCCACCAGCCAAUUCUGCAGAUGUACAGCCGUAUCAGACGCUAUGAAAACAUUGUUCUUGUGGCGGGCAGCGGCUUCGGUGGCUCCGAGGAUACUUACCCUUAUCUUUCAGGCACCUGGUCCUCGGGCUUCGGGUACCCUCCGAUGCCUUUUGACGGUUGUCUUUUCGGCAGUCGCAUGAUGAUCUCCAAAGAGGCUCAUACAUCCAAGAAUGCUAAGAAGGCUAUCGCUGAUGCACCCGGCCUCGAUGAUAAAGACUGGGAAAAGACAUACAAGGGAGCCGCAGGAGGCGUGGUCACUGUCCUGUCUGAAAUGGGUGAGCCAAUUCACAAACUGGCUACUAGAGGUGUUUUGUUCUGGCACGAGAUGGAUCAGAAAAUCUUUAAAUUGGACAAGGCCAAGCGUGUUCCUGAGCUGAAGAAACAGCGCGACUACAUCAUCAAGAAGUUGAACGAUGACUUUCACAAGGUCUGGUUCGGUCGCAAUGCUGCUGGCGAGACCGUUGACCUCGAAGAUAUGACCUACGCCGAAGUCGUCCAUCGCAUGGUAGACCUUAUGUACGUCAAGCAUGAGUCGAGAUGGAUUGACGAAUCUCUAAAGAAGCUGACCGGCGAUUUCAUUCGCCGUGUUGAGGAACGCUUCACGACGUCUGAGGGCCAGCCAUCUCUCCUUCAAAAUUACUCGGAGCUGAAUACCCCUUGUCCCAACAUUGACAACAUCUUGGCCUCCUACCCCGAGGCGGCCACUCAGCUCAUCAAUGCGCAAGACGUUCAGCAUUUCUUGCUGCUCUGCCAGCGGAGGGGACAAAAGCCAGUCCCCUUCGUGCCUUCCUUGGACGAGAACUUCGAGUAUUGGUUCAAGAAGGACUCUCUUUGGCAAAGUGAGGAUUUGGAGGCUGUUGUAGGCCAAGAUGUUGGAAGGACGUGUAUCCUUCAGGGUCCCAUGGCCGCCAAGUUCUCAACUAUCAUUGACGAACCCGUCCGCGACAUCCUGGAUGGAAUCCACCAGGGCCACGUCAAGAGCCUUGUUCAGGACGUGUAUAAUGGAGACGAGACCCAGGUGCCUGUGAUCGAAUAUUUCGGUGGGCUGUUCGAUAAGGUUGAUGAUGAUCAGGACAUCGACGGUUUGACAGUUGCCGCAGACGGUGAUAAAAUUAGCUACCGCUUGUCUUCAUCUCCUUCCGCGGACUUGCCUGAACUGGAUCGCUGGCUUCGUGUUCUUGCUGGCUCGGAGUAUUCCUGGAGACAUGCGUUGUUCUUGGCCGAUGUGUUCGUACAGGAUCAUCGUUUUGAUGCGAACCCUCUAAAGCGCAUUGUCGCACCUGUCUCAGGCAUGUACGUGGAGAUCUCGUAUCCGAAUGACCCGUCCAAGACCACUAUCAUCGUGAGAGAACCUUAUCAGUCCGGCAAACUGGUGAAGACGGUCGAGGUAAAGAUGAACGACAAGAACCAGAUCAGCCUCACACUCUUUGAAGGUAGAACCGCUGAAGCUGCUGUGGUUCCUUUGACAUUCCUCUUCACGUAUCAUCCCGAAGCAGGAUAUGCACCCAUCAGGGAGGUGAUGGAGGGCCGCAAUGAUCGCAUCAAGGAGUUCUACUACCGUGUCUGGUUUGGCAACAGGGACGUUCCGUUCGAUACUCCGACUACAGCCACUUUCAGCGGUGGACGCGAAACCAUCACGUCGCAAGCUGUAGCUGACUUUGUGCAUGCUGUUGGUAAUACUGGUGAGGCUUUCGUGGAUCGGCCCGGCAAAGAAGUCUUCGCCCCUAUGGAUUUCGCCAUCGUCGCCGGGUGGAAGGCUAUCACCAAGCCUAUCUUCCCCCGUACAAUCGAUGGUGACCUACUGAAACUGGUUCAUCUAUCCAACGGCUUCAAAAUGGUCCCCGGCGCUCAACCUCUGAAGGUUGGUGACGUCUUGGAUACUUCGGCUCAAAUCAACUCGGUCAUCAAUCAAGACUCCGGUAAGAUGGUCGAGGUCUGUGGCACUAUCCUCAGGGACGGUCAGCCGAUUAUGCAUGUAACCAGUCAAUUCCUGUACCGCGGUGCCUAUUUGGACUUCGAGAAUACUUUCCAGCGCAAGGAUGAGGUGCCUAUGCAGGUCCAUCUUGCUUCAAGUCGUGAUGUGGCCAUUCUUCGGUCUAAAGAAUGGUUUCGGAUGGAUGAAAGCGAUGUCGAACUCUUGGGUCAGACCUUGACUUUCCGUCUACAAAGUUUGAUCCGCUUCAAGAAUAAAACCGUUUUCAGCAAUGUUCAGACUGUGGGCCAGGUGCUCUUGGAAUUGCCGACGAAGGAGGUUAUCCAGGUUGCUUCUGUGGAUUAUGAGGCGGGCACUUCUCAUGGAAACCCUGUCAUCGAUUACCUCCAGCGAAAUGGUACUUCCAUUGAGCAGCCAGUCUAUUUUGAGAACCCUAUUCCUCUUAGUGGCAAAACUCCGCUGGUCUUGCGCGCUCCCGCGUCCAACGAGACAUACGCUCGUGUUUCUGGAGACUACAACCCCAUUCAUGUCUCACGAGUUUUCUCUAGCUAUGCCAAACUACCCGGUACCAUUACCCACGGGAUGUACACGAGUGCUGCCGUCCGAAGCUACGUCGAAACCUGGGCCGCAGAGAACAAUAUCGGCCGCGUUAGAGGCUUUCAUGUCUCACUCGUCGGCAUGGUUCUGCCCAAUGAUAUUAUUACCGUCAAGCUGCAGCACGUCGGCAUGAUUGCCGGUCGCAAAAUCAUCAAGGUUGAAGCCAGCAACAAAGACACCGAAGAGAAAGUGCUCCUGGGUGAAGCCGAAGUAGAACAGCCAGUCACGUCCUACGUAUUCACCGGACAAGGAUCUCAAGAGCAGGGAAUGGGUAUGGAACUCUAUGCCAGCAGCCCUGUCGCAAGAGAGGUCUGGGAUCGCGCAGAUCGUCAUUUCAUCGAGAAUUACGGUCUUUCUAUCAUUGAUAUCGUUAAGAACAAUCCCAAGGAACUCACCGUCUACUUUGGGGGUCCUCGCGGUAAAGCCAUUCGUCACAAUUACAUGUCAAUGACCUUCGAAACCGUCAACGCGGAUGGGUCCAUCAAGUCGGAGAAGAUCUUCAAAGAGAUUGAUGAAGAGACUACAUGCUACACCUACCGCUCACCUUCUGGGCUUCUUUCUGCGACCCAGUUCACACAGCCGGCUCUAACAUUGAUGGAGAAGGCAAGCUUCGAAGACAUGCGCUCGAAGGGUCUUGUCCAAAGAGACAGCAGCUUUGCCGGUCAUUCGCUCGGUGAAUAUUCUGCCCUCGCAGCCCUUGCGGAUGUCAUGCCCAUUGAGAGCUUGGUUUCAGUGGUUUUCUAUCGUGGAUUGACAAUGCAGGUGGCCGUGGAAAGAGACGAGCAGGGGCGCUCAAACUACUCGAUGUGCGCCGUCAACCCUAGCCGCAUCUCGAAAACUUUCAACGAACAGGCUCUCCAGUAUGUCGUCGAGAACAUCUCGGAGCAAACCAGCUGGCUCCUGGAGAUUGUUAAUUAUAACGUUGCGAAUAUGCAGUACGUUGCUGCUGGUGAUCUACGAGCGCUUGAUUGUCUCACCAACCUACUCAACUAUCUGAAGGCUCAGAACAUUGACAUUCCCGCUCUCAUGCAAAGCAUGUCUUUGGAUGACGUCAAGUCUCACCUCGUCAAAAUGAUUGACGAGUGCGUGAAGCAAACAGAGUCGAAGCCGAAGCCUAUCUCGCUUGAGCGUGGCUUCGCCACUAUUCCCUUGAGAGGUAUCGACGUUCCGUUCCACAGCACUUUCCUUCGAUCCGGCGUCAAACCAUUCCGAUCAUUCCUGCUCAAGAAGAUCAACAAAACCACUAUUGACCCCAGUAAGCUGGUCGGAAAAUACAUCCCCAACGUAACUGCGAGGCCAUUCGAAAUCACCAAGGAAUACUUCGAGGACGUCUACCGCCUCACAAAUUCGCCAAGAAUUGCUCACAUCCUGGCGAACUGGGACAAGUAUGAGGAGGGAAAUGAGAGCGGGCGCUAG